GCCUCAGCCAUGAGGGUGUGGGCAGCGCUGCGGGCGGCGGGGCCGGGGCCGGGAGCGUUCCGGGAGCGCUUCGAGUUCGGCGGCCGCGAUGUGGCCUCGUGGUUCCCGCGGCACAUGGCGAAAGGCCUGCGGCAGAUGCGCCUGGCGCUGCGUCGCGCCGACUGCCUCGUGGAGGUGCACGACGCUCGAAUUCCGCUGUCGGGCCGUAACCCCGCGCUGCAGGAGGCGCUGGGCAUCCGCCCUCACGUCCUAGUGCUGAACAAGAUGGAUCUGGCUGAUCCCCGCCGGCAGCCGGCGGUCUUGGAGCAGCUGAGGCAGCAGGGAUGCUCGCACGUAGUCUUCACUGACUGCCAGCGUGAUGUCAACGUCAAGAAGGUUGUCCCCAUGGUGGCCAGCCUGGUGGCCGAUGGCCCACGCUACCACAGGGCGGAGAGCUCCGAGCACAAUAUCCUGGUGAUCGGCGUGCCCAACGUGGGCAAGUCCUCACUCAUCAACUCCCUGCGGAGGCUGCACCUCAAGAAGGGCAAAGCCACUGCGGUGGGUGGCGAGCCAGGAAUCACCAAGGCAGUGCUGUCCAGGAUCCAGGUGUGUGAGAAGCCCCUGAUGUACCUGGUGGACACCCCCGGCGUGCUGCCCCCCAGGCUGGGAGAUGUGGAGACAGGCAUGAAGCUGGCGCUGUGUGGAGCCAUCCUUGACCACCUGGUGGGGGAGGAUGUCAUGGCUGACUACCUCCUGUACACCCUGAACAAGCAGCAGCAGUUCGGGUACGUGCAGCGUUACGGACUGGGCCAGCCCUGCGACCACAUCGAGCUCCUGCUCAAGCACGUGGCCCUCACCCAGGGCCGCACGCAGAAGGUGAAGGUGCUGACAGGCACAGGGAACGUCAACAUGAUGAUGCUCAACUACCCAGCUGCUGCCUACGAGUUCCUGCGGGACUUCCGAGCAGGACGCCUGGGCAGGGUGAUACUGGACUGAGACUUGUCACGGGCCAGGCACAGCCUGCAGCCAUAUGGACUGGGGAUACUCCAGCACGGAGCUAUGGUGUGCGAUUGAAGCGGGUCUGCCAGGGCUGUCCCUGCUUUUGGGCAAGAGGCUAGAGGGACAGGAUGCCCUGUGGUGUCGCUGUUGUGAUGCUCCCAUGGAGAGCUAGAGCUGUGCCCGCCCCGGAGAGCCUGGGGCAGGGCUGGUGCCUCCGGCUGGCACCUGGAAAGCGCCAGGGAGCAGUUUCCUCGCUGUGGUUUUGGCCUGCUCUGGGGCCUCCAUCCCAAAAUAAAGCCAGGGUGGGCAGGGGCCGGGCGCUGGCCAUCCCCGGGUCCCACCCCUCACCCCGCAUCCAGCCA